AUGAUUCAGAAAAUUUAUGAGGAUAUAAUUUGGUUAUUUCUGGUUAGCAGAAAUGGAAAGAAGAAGCGAUAUUAUGGAAGCAACUACCAAAUCCGGACAGCACGUCUAUCGCAUGAUACACCAUUUCCAGAACUAUGCAAAAAGUGCAUUGAAGUUGAUAUUCCAGCACCGUUUGCAGCAGAAAUGACGAGAAAUGCAUCACAGGAUUCGGGAUUCGAAGAAGAAGCUAUGUCAUUGCUUUCAAUGUAA